AUGUCGAGCUCUCCAGUCUUGAACACCGUCCGCUACUCGGCGCUUGUCGGUGGUAUUGGAUACGGCAUUCUUCGCCGCAGGACAUUGCAAGCAAAGGAAGACAUCAAGGCCGCCCACGCUGAAUACAAGCGCAAGGAGCAACUCAUUCAAAAGGCCAAGCAGGCUUAUAAGGACCGCCUCGUUGCAAAACAGACCAACUCAGGAGUCGAGACGGAUCCCGAGCACCCAGCUUUCGACUUGGAAAAGUUCUUGAUCAAGCUCGAGAAGGAGAACAAGUAA